AUGUCGACCAUUCUGAGCACCCUCGGCCUCCGCGCCGCAUCCGGCCAACAGCCCCCCAACCACGCGGCGGGCUACCUCGUCGCCAACUUCGUCCUCGCCUACGGUCUUAUGAGCACUCGCGGCGGCAAAAUCCGUCACGGACUCGACCAUAAUGUGUCGCCCCGUGAGGAUCUGAGCAAAUACGGCGAGGCCGCCGUGAAGGCUGGUAAAUUGAGCCGGACGACGCUGAACCGGUUGAAGAGACAGGAGGCCGCGCAUGCCAACGCUGUUGAGGGUUUCCCCUUUUUCGUCGCUGGCGUCCUCCUGGCCGUCCAGGCUGGCGUUCCCAGCGAAACAAUCAACACCAUCGGCGCCUGGUACACACUAUCCCGCGUCGCAUACGGUCUCGCCUAUGUCUUCAUCGAGUCUGAGACAUUGAGUUUCCUCCGGUCGCUGCUGUGGUGGUCGGGCAAUUCGGCCUGUAUCACCGCGCUGGUGUUGGCCGGGAAGAGGCUGUAA